AUGGCAGGCGCUUUCUAUCCGACGACCUUUCCCCCUACUUUACCGCCAACGAUCUAUACUCCCCAAAAUCGGCAUGGACAUUCGAAAUCUAUUGCAGCGAACCCCUGUUUACUUAACCCUGACUAUUCCGCAUACGACUCAAUUGACAAAGAAUGCGACCUAGAAGCAGGAGGUUUACGAGUAAUGACCGACCACGACGUAAACGCUCGACCCCUAUGCUUCUCAAACUGGGCUCAGGAAUGGGCUUUUGUGUUCACAGUCAUGCUGGCAUCGUCCUCCACGACCAUCAUCCAAGGUGUUAUCCUUAUCAUGACCGAGACGAUUGGUAAAGGUCUGAACGCGACGGCGCCUCAAAUAACUUGGGUAGCAGCCUCAGUAGGACUUGGUAGUGGAUCAUUCAUGCUUUUUUUCGGUAAAGUAGCCGACGAGCUCGGUCGAAAGAUACAACUACUCAUCGGAAUGUUAUUCAUGAGUGCCUUUUCACUGAUCGCCGCAUGGAGCCCUGGUCCAAUCGAAUUAAUUGUCGUCUGCGGUUUUCUUGGAUUAUGUACUGCAGCAAUUGCCCCCCCAGCUCUCGGUAUCCUUUUCGCAGCUUAUCCAGAAGGUCGUCGAAGAAAUAUGGCAUGUGGAGCUCUGGGAACUGGGAAUCCGGUUGGGUUUAUCCUAGGGAGUGUCUCUUCAGGUCUUGCCGUCAAAUACUAUGGAUGGAGAGCGAGUUUUGUCGUCAUGGCCAUCUUCUUUUUGCUUAUGGUUAUACUUGCUUUCUGGACGGUGCCAGUAAUUACAAGAAUAGGGAACAGAUCGCAAGCGGUUCGACAAUUCGACUAUGCUGGUUCCUUAUUUAUUGUUUUAGGGGUGGCUUUGGUAUCCGCAGGAUUAACAGAAGGUCCUCAAAGCGGUUGGUUGUCAGUACACGUCAUUCUCUUGCUAAUCUUCGGAGUUUUCUUUGUCAUCGGCUUCAUUGCUUGGGAAUAUUUUUAUGAACAUCCUCUCCUCGAUCUCACCGUCUGGCGCAACGGCAACUUUACUCUUUGUGUAAUUUGUAUGGGAUUCGGAUACAUGUCCUUCAUCACAAAUGAAUUUUGGAUUGCAUUGUAUAUGCAGGAUGUACAGCAUUACACACCUUUGCAAAUUGCUACUCGUAUGCUACCCCAAGCAGUAGCAGGUGUCUUCUGGAGUUUCUUGGGUCAAUGGUUAGUACAAAAGGUGUAUGGAACCAUAGUGAUGGGUAUUGGUUCUGUGAUGUAUCUUGCAGGCGCAGUUUUGUUACUGUUCGUUGAAAAAGAUACAUCAUAUUGGCUAUUUCUAUUUCCGGCUCUUGUUAUCACAGUCAUUGGUGCGGAUUUUCAGUUCAUCGUUGCAAAUCUUUACGCCAAUAAGCAAAUGCCAACUCAAGCCUCCCUCAGCGUCGGAAUCAUACAAACAGCCUAUAGACUCUCCAUAACCAUUGGUCUAGCCAUUACAUCCGCCGUCUUCAAUACCGCUACUUCCACCAACUCCAGUAUCGAAGACUCAACUCUCCCUUAUCGACGUGUCUACAUGUGCUCCAUCAUCUUCGCCUCCAUCGGUCUCGCAAUGAUCCCUUUCAUGCGUAUCAGAACCCGUACAAAAGAUAAUGCACCUGUAGCUACUCGCCCAACAACCAUGAUGUCAGAAAUUAACAGCAGCAUGAUUGUUAAUCGACCUUCAUCCCACUAUAACGACAUGCCAAGCGCCUUAAUUAACGCCCUCAAUCUCAACCGCCCUCCCCCUCUCAACAUCAACCAACGAGUUCAUCGCGAACAACGUGAAGAACUCAAUAAUGCACAACGCUACGAUCCUGGUCUUCCCCGAGCUAUGACAAUGAAUGAUAUUGCGCAAGGACUCCUACGUCUUCCGAGAUGGAGCUGGGAAAAUCGGCCACGAGCCGCUUUCUGGAAAUAUCGUAGGGGUAGUCAAUGUCAUUGGGAGAGUAGCAGUGGUGAUAUGUUUGAGGUUUGUAAGAAGUGUAAGGAGGAGAGGAAGAUUAAGGAUGAGGAGAGUGGAUUGGAUGAAGUUGAGAAUUGUGUUGUGGAGGGUGGAAGAGGAAGGGGUAUGAGGGUUAUAGAGGUGGAGGUUAAGGACGAGAGGAGAUUUACGGUUUAA